AUGGUCAAGGACACCAAGUACUACGAGUGCCUGGGAGUUGAUCCCUCGGCUACUGAAACCCAGCUGAAGAGCGCCUACAAGAAGGGUGCCUUGAAGUUCCACCCUGACAAGAACAAGAACAACCCCGAGGCUGCGGAGAAGUUCAAGGAGUUGUCGCACGCCUACGAGAUUCUUUCCGACCCCCAGAAGCGUCAAAUCUACGACCAAUAUGGUGAGGAGGGUCUGGAAGGUGGUGGCGGUGCUGGCGGUAUGAACGCCGAGGACCUGUUCUCGCAGUUCUUUGGCGGCGGUGGUGCGUUCGGCGGCAUGUUCGGCGGUGGCAUGCGCGAUACCGGCCCCAAGAAGGCCCGUACCAUCCACCAUGUGCACAAGGUCAACUUGGAGGAUAUCUACCGCGGUAAGGUGUCCAAGCUGGCCCUGCAGAAGUCUGUCAUCUGUUCUGGCUGUGAGGGCCGUGGUGGCAAGGACGGCGCCGUCAAGGAGUGCACAGGCUGCAAUGGCAGCGGUAUGAAGACCAUGAUGCGCCAGAUGGGUCCCAUGAUCCAGCGCUUCCAGACUGUCUGCCCCGACUGCAAUGGCGAGGGUGAAAUCAUCCGCGAGAAGGACCGCUGCAAGAAGUGUAACGGCAAGAAGACCGUUGUGGAGCGCAAGGUGCUGCACGUCCACGUCGACAAGGGUGUGCGCGAUGGCCACAAGAUUGAGUUCCGUGGUGAGGGUGACCAGAUGCCCGGUGUCAUGCCUGGCGAUGUUGUCUUUGAGAUUGAGCAGAAGCCCCACGCCCGCUUCCAGCGCAAGAACGACGACCUGUUCUACCAGGCCGAGAUCGACCUCUUGACCGCUCUUGCCGGCGGCACCAUUCACAUUGAGCACCUUGACGAGCGGUGGUUGACCGUGAACAUCGCCCCUGGCGAGGUUAUCGUUCCUGAUGCUAUUAAGGUCAUCCCCGGCCAGGGUAUGCCCUCGUUCCGUCACCACGACUUCGGCAACCUCUACAUCAAGUUCGAUGUCAAGUUCCCCGAGAAGGGUCAGCUGCAGAACCUCGAACUGCUCGAGCAGGUUCUGCCCCCUCGUGCGCAGCAGAACCAGCCCCCGGCUGACGCCAUGGUCGAGGACUUUGAGCUCGAGGACAUUGACACCAACGAGAACUCCCAGGCCCGCGCCCACGGUGCCGGUUCCGCCAUGGACGAGGACGAUGAUGACGUUCCCCCCGGUGCUGAGCGCGUACAGUGCGCCUCGCAGUAA